AGUGGAAGGACAACCCUGCAGCUGGGUGAUGGUCUCAGUACCCAGAAGGCCACCUUGAUUGUGGUUCAUACUGAUGGCAGCAUCGUGGAAGCUACUGGCCUAAAGUCUGCUGCUGCAAUGGCACCAGGCCCACAGACCCCGCCCACCCCGUUGACCCCGCCUCAGGACAAAGACUCGUGCUCCAAGUACAACUGGGACCCUUCAGUGUACAAUAACGAGCUGCCGGUCCGCUGCAGGAACACCAGCGGUGUCCUCUACAAGAACCGACUGGGAUCAGGGGGUAAAGGUCGCUGCAUCAGACACAACCAGCAGUGGUUCACUCCCACAGAGUUUGAGGGUUUGGCAGGAAGAGCAAGCAGCAAAGACUGGAAAAGGAGCAUCAGAUAUGCUGGCCGACCUCUGCUCUGCCUCAUACAGGAGCGUAUCCUGAACCCCCAUGCUGCUUCCUGUACCUGUGGAGCCUGCUGUGAUGACCUGACAGGAUGUGCAAAGGAUGGAGCGACUGUGGUAGCAGAAAACGUCAGUAUGACUGGUCCAGUCCGCCUCUUUGUCCCAUACAAGCGAAGGAAGAAGGACAGCGAUCCUCCAGUCACCUCCCCAAAAAAGGAAAUUCCUGUCACCAAGAACAUCACGCUGACCCCGGGGACCACAUUCACGGUGUCCCCGUCAGGACAGUUCACCACCUCCGGUACCUUGACCUUUGACCGCACGCCAACGAGUGACGCCACUGCUGCUGCUGCUGCUGCUGCCAUCAUCUCUGAAGGCUCAGCGCAGAGCGAGGUGUUUGCCAGCACAGCAGGUACCAUCCAUCACUGUAAUCAUUCACACUCCCCAUCAUCUGAAGUGUGUUUGUGUUUCAUCCGCUGUUUCUGAGGGUUACACACGGAAUUAAGACCAGAAGUAUUAAACAGAUCCAGCAAACAUCCUUUUU